AUAUUCUCCGGGGUUGUUGGUUGCUAUUCAAAGUCGGCUCCUAAACUCUUGCAGCUUUUGUGGAGUUGGUGUCGGAUUUCAGGAAAAAGAGGCGAACAUAUUCCAUCUCCCAACUCAGCCAGGUCCUUGAUAUUACUUUAGCAUCCAAAUCCAAAUUUCAAGAUGGCCGCCACAGCAGCAGCAACUUUUGCCACUGGCUCUAUUGCUUCUUAUGGUCCCCAGACUUUCUCGGGAUCAAAAUCCAAGCCUUCCACCAUGAGGUUCAAUUCUCCAAACUAUCUUAGAAGCUUUAGCGGUCUGAAGGCGGCAUCAUCAGUAAGCUGUGAAUCAGAAGAAUCCUUCUUGGGCAAGGAAAGCAAUGCUGCUCUGCAUGCAUCAUUUGCAUCAAGAGUGGAAAAACAGAAGCAGAGUUUUGGUAAUUGUCUCCAACCUCGGGCAUCAUCUUUUAAAGUGGCGAUUCUUGGAGCUGCUGGAGGGAUCGGUCAGCCCCUUGCACUUUUGAUCAAGAUGUCCCCAUUGGUCUCAGCUUUGCAUCUCUAUGAUAUUGCAAACGUGAAAGGAGUUGCAGCAGAUCUCAGCCACUGCAAUACCCCCUCACAGGUUUUGGAUUUCACUGGGCCGUCUGAACUCCCCAAUUCUUUGAAAGGUGUCGAUGUGGUCGUCAUUCCUGCAGGAGUCCCAAGAAAGCCAGGCAUGACCCGUGAUGAUCUCUUCAACAUCAAUGCAAACAUUGUCAGGACCCUGGUUGAGGCUGUUGCCGAUAACUGCCCAGAUGCUUUCAUCCAGAUCAUCAGCAACCCAGUCAAUUCCACUGUACCAAUUGCUGCAGAGGUUCUCAAGCAGAAGGGAGUGUACAAUCCAAAGAAGCUUUUUGGUGUUACAACCCUGGAUGUUGUCAGAGCAAACACAUUUGUCGCACAGAAGAAGAAUCUGAAGCUCAUAGAUGUUGACGUCCCAGUUAUUGGGGGGCAUGCUGGAAUCACUAUCUUACCAUUGCUGUCGAGGACAAGACCAUCAGUAAGCUUUUCAAAUGAAGAAGUAGAAGAGCUGACAGUGAGAAUUCAAAAUGCUGGGACAGAGGUUGUGGAAGCAAAAGCAGGUGCCGGGUCAGCAACACUGUCUAUGGCAUAUGCAGCAGCAAGGUUUGUAGAGUCGUCUCUCCGAGCUCUGGAUGGAGAUGGAGAUGUAUACGAGUGUUCAUAUAUCCAGUCGGAGCUGACCGAGCUUCCCUUCUUUGCGUCGAGGAUUAAGCUUGGGAAGCAAGGUGUUGAAGCUGUGAUAUCUGCUGAUAUUCAAGGGCUGACUGAGUAUGAGGCAAAAGCUCUGGAAGCCCUGAAGCCAGAGCUGAAGGCUAGCAUUGAGAAGGGCGUGGCAUUUGCCCAGAAGCAGGCGGCAGCUGUUUGAGUGCAGGAAAGAGAACUGCUUAUCACCUCAAAUGGGCUGCGCCAGAAGAAAAAUAACAAAGAGAGGCCAACCAUGCAUAUCCAUUGCUUUUCAUUUUUGUAACGUAGAACAUAUUCCUGUUUUCAUCAUGGCAAAAUUGCUAUCGAAAGAGAAGCAUAGAAUGAGAUGGAUGUCUUUUUGGUUACUAAGAAUUUACCAAUUUGGUUAAGAGGGGCAGCAGCAUCCAUGUGGUGCCUGCCUCCCUAAAGUUU